UAGUCUGCAACGUAAGUAAAGAUUUAGCGCAUUUAAAUGCCCAGAGUUUUACUCGUGAGUGGUUUCUAAGUAGUGAAAUGCAGGAUGAGCCCCUGGCGUGUCUUUGCAUGCAUAUACCGCAGAUGAGCUUCAUGUGUGCCGGCACCCUGGAGAGCUUUCCUAUGCACUUUUCCACGAGAGAGUAUGUCGUUGCUGGGAGUACUGGGAAUGGUCUUUGCUUGCGUCGUGGUCAGCACAGAGGAUGACGGCCGCCCCCUGGGCCAGCAUGGGAGUGAAAUGCUGAACUACAGCAGUUUUUCUUUGCCGGAUGAGCACAUCCCAUACUUUCUUCAUAAUAACAAGAAGAUCGCAAAACUCUGCAGGGAAGACCCACAUUGUCCUUUCAAAGGUGCACUGCGAGACAAGGGGGCCUGCUGGGGCUACGAGAAGGACUGCAGUCCCGAGCAGCGGUUUGGCUAUCCCAUCUGCACCAAGGUCGAUACGGGAUGGGUCAGCUCGCUGGCGGCUGCUCAGGACGUCUUCUGGAGGCAGGCUGACUUCGGCUAUGUGAGGGAGCGUCAGGAUGAGAUGAAGACCUUCUGCAAGGCCUCUGAGCCCGGGGACUCCUCCUUAAAAUGCACCAGCCACAUGCGAUUCUGCAGGGCCACCAACCUCUACAUUGACCUCAGGCAGCCUCCAAGGAGCCAUGAAAGGUAUAAGGAGGACUUCCUACGGGACGGCGAGAUUGGAGGACGGUGCAGGCUAAACAGCAGGGCUCUUCAGUCAGCUGGGCAGCACAAAAGCCCCCUGCAGUCCUGGUACGCUGAGCUGCAGACUUACAGCAGCCUCCCCUUCAGUCCCCUAGCGGAGCGGCAGUGUGACCUGCUGGUGGAGAGGCCUACCAUCUUCAUGAAGCUGGACGCGGGCGUCAAUAUGUACCACCACUUCUGCGAUUUCGUCAACCUGUACAUCUCGCAGCACAUCAACAACUCCUUCAGCAGGGACAUCAACAUCGUCAUGUGGGACACUAGCUGGCACGAUUAUGGCGACCUGUUCAGCGAGACGUGGCGAACCUUUUCAGACUAUGAAGUCAUCCACCUGAAGAGCUUCGAUUCCAGGCGGGUGUGCUUCAAAGAUGCCAUCUUCUCGUUGCUGCCCCGGAUGAGGUACGGCCUGUUCUACAACACACCCUUGAUUGCAGACUGCCACAGCGAUGGGAUGUUCAGGGCGUUCUCACAGCAUGUCUUGCACCGGCUGUACAUUCCCCAGGAGGGCCCUCUGGAUGGCAGGAUUCGUGUCACGCUGCUCUCCCGGAGUACGGAGUACCGUAAGAUUUUAAAUCAGGAAGAGCUUAUCGGGGCUUUGAAGACCGUGCCUUUGUUUGAGGUCAAGCUCGUGGAUUACAAAUUCAAGGACGUCCCCUUCCUGGAGCAGAUCCGGACGACACACAAUUCGGACAUCUUUAUAGGGAUGCAUGGGGCCGGGCUGACCCAUCUCCUGUUUCUGCCGGACUGGGCCGUGGUGUUUGAGCUAUAUAACUGUCAGGAUGAAAGCUGCUACAGAGACCUGGCCCGCUUGCGAGGGAUCCGCUACGUGACGUGGCAGAGAAGGGACAAAGUGGCUCCUCAGGACAAGGGCCACCACCCCACUCUGGGAGAGCACCCCAAAUUUACCAAUUACUCCUUUGAUGUCGAGGAGUUCAUGCGGCUGGUCCUGGGGGCGGCUGAGCAUGUGCAGAACCACCCAAAGUGGCCUCGUGGGCCCCAGCAUGAUGAGCUAUAGGGCCCCUCCGCUAUGGGGCCCCUCCACCACGAGGGUGGGGGCGUAUUGCUGGGCAGUGCUGCAGCCAGGUGUGUAUGCAGCAGCGUGGAUUUGCACUCCUCUACUAUACUACGUGUGUCUCUGUAUGUAAUUGAAAAUGUUACACUGCAAACAGGGCUGUUUGGCUCUGAGACGAUUGGGAGGCCUGGAGUGAACUCUGGAGGAGCUCCAGGCUGAGACAGCUUCAGCCUUUGGGCUGAUCCUGAUUCCAGUGGAUCUCCAGGCCGGGACAGCUUCAGCCUUUGGGCUGAUCCUGAGUCCAGUGGAGCUCCAGGCCGGAGCAGCUUCAGCCUUUGGGCUGAUCCUGAUCCCAGUGGAGCUCCAGGCCGGAGCAGCUUCAGCCAUUGGGCUGAUCCUGAUCCCAGUGGAGCUCCAGGCCGGGACAACUUCAGCCUUUGGGCUGAUCCUGAUCCCAGUGGAGUUCCAGGUCGGGACAGCAUCAGCCUUUGGGCUGAUCCUGAUCCCAGUGGAGUUCCAGGUUGGGACAGCUUCAGCCUUUGGGCUGAUCCUGAUCCCAGUGGAGCUCCAGGUCGGGACAGCUUCAGCCUUUGGGCUGAUCCUGAUCCCAGUGGAGUUCCAGGUCGGGACAGCUUCUACCUUUGGGCUGAUCCUGAUUCCAGUGGAGUUCCAGGUCGGGACAGCUUCAGCCUUUGGGCUGAUCCUGAUCCCAGUGUCCCGGGCCUCAUCCUUCCACUACAGAUAUGGGAGUAAGUGGUAUAGUGAGAUGGGAGCGCCGAUGCACGUGGUACUUUCUGUAAGCCAUCUGCCCUGUGCUCCCGGGGCACUGGGGAGAAAGGGAGGGGCCUUUCUCAUGAUGUCAUGCUGAGGUCACCCAUGUGUCUAUGAGAAUGUCAUGGCAUAUGUUACCCUUCAGUGUCAAUGUCUGUUUGUCUUUUUCCUCUCUGUUGUCCCUCAAAAUGUGUAUUUUAUUAUUUUUUAUGCCAUCUGGUUCUUAAAAGUGGAACCUAUUUGUGCAGAACAUUUUUAAGAGAAAGUAUUGAUUAUGAUAAAUAUGCAUUGGCGUUUUUUGUUUUUGUGACCAGCCUAAACUUUUCUGUUGUGUGCUGUGAUUUAACUGCCUUAUCAGUAUUUAUUACCAAUGCAUGUUGUCAGUUUUGCUUUUCUAUACCCUGAUACCUUAUUUAAUUCCCUUUAUACACAAUUUAAGACACUAAUACACCAUAUAAAUCUAUUAAUGUAUAAUAUGGUGUUAAGUGGAUUUUUAGUGAAAUUUGUUUUAGCCAUUAGAAAGUCUGACGCAACAAAACACUUAAGUUGUACAUCUUGCUCUGUGUUUCAAUAAAAUAAUUUUGGCUCAAAGAAA